AUGACUACACUUUCCAGCUCAAAGGGCGUGAUCUACCUGGGGGAUGACACUACGUACGACAAGUCGCAGUUCCUCGUACCUCAGCACUAUUUGGACAGCAUCGAGUCGGUGCUGAUACCCAAAGGCCUCAUUGAAGACCGCGUCGAGAAGCUCGCGCAAGACAUUCGCUACGCUUACAAGGGUGAAACGGUGCACCUGUUGUGCGUGCUCAAAGGCGGCAGCGCCUUCUUCCACGCACUUGUGGAGAAGCUGCGACUGUUCCACAAGUACAACCAGUGCGACUACGUGCCAUUUACCUUCGACUUUAUCAAGGUGAAGAGCUACGAAGGUCUUAAGAGCUCAGGAAACGUCCAAGUGUCCGGAGCCGAUUUGACAAAGUUCCAGGGCAAGCAUCUUUUACUCGUCGAAGACAUCAUCGAUACUGGCAAGACGAUGGCCAAGCUCGUGCCGUUGCUUAGCGGCUACAAUCCGACGUCGGUGCGUGUAGCCAGUUUGCUGGAGAAACGCAACCCCGAGAGCUGCGGCUUCCAAGCGAACUUUGUGGGGUUCAGCAUCCCGGACAAGUUUGUCAUUGGCUACUGUCUCGACUACAACGAGGUGUUCCGCGACCUCGAUCACAUUUGCGUCAUCAGCGAGUCGGGUAUCGCCAAGUACGCUCAUACGUCAUAA